GUGCAACAUCGACAUUUUCAAAUUGGCAAGGACAGCAUGGACAACUGGGCAGCCUUUGACGCCGCGUGGGUCGAGCACGCGCGGUUCUACCUCGCGAACCUCAACGCGCUCCAUGGGUAUCUUCCGAACGUCGCCUCGCCCGACGACGCCGUGACGUGCUACGGGACGGGCGCGUUGCUGCUGCUCGUCGCCAUUCUUGUCGGCGUCUACCGGCCGCGCCUCUUUCACUACAUGCUCGCCUUUCCAUCUACACUGCUCUGUCUCUCGUUUGCCCACGCGUUUGGGAUGCCAGCGCAGUACGAAGUGCUCUUAGCGCCGCUUCUUGGCGCGUUCUUGGCGGAGCAUCCCCGCGUUUGCUACUACGGUCUCCUGCUGCACUCGGACAUGAUGACGACGUUCUAUUUCGUACCAGAGUGGUCGGCGCUCGUCAAGAUCGCGGCCACCUUGGUCAAAUCGCUGGCGUUUGCGGGUCUUCAAUAUGCGAUCGGCGCGCCGCAACUCCUCGAGAUGGUGGCGCCGUCGGUAAUUGCCGCGUGGCUAGCCAUGACGAGUGUGCACUAUGGCUGCGUCGGCCUCGUGCCAACACCUCUCGCACAAGCUAUUGGUUGUGGCGUCUUUGGUCUCGUACUGCGCCGUCAGCACCAAGAGGGACAUCUCAAACUUUCUUAAGGAGCUUGGGAGUUUCAACAAACGUGCACUUUAUCACGUCCACUACUUGUCGAUCCAGGAGGAAAGAAGAAGAAUGUGCUCGAAGCGUGCAAUGCCUUAUACCAAAACGAUGCAAAUCUUGUAACUAGAUAUACCUGUACGACGU